UACAGUAGCGCGGCUCUCUCUCUGCUGGUCACUUCUCAUGCAGAGUGCGUCUGCGGAGAGCACCGCCGGGCUCUCUGCGUCCUUCACACUGUUACUGCGUGAGGUCUGCCAAAAAAACACAGCCGAAAGUGUCGAAUCAUUAUCUUUUGCUCUUGUGUUUUGCCGACAAUCGACCGGAGUCUGGUUGGAAUCGAAAAUCUGAUCGGAAACUCAGCGCAUCCGCCUGAUAUCUCGCUGUAAGGAGGCAUCAGGAAACUGAAGAGGGGAGACAGCGUGUUGUGAAUACAGAUUAGAGCAACUAUUUACACCUUCAACCCACCAGUCUGCCGUGCGCCUGGACAAAGCUAAAAGGACAUCGCUGCACAUGAUUCAGCUUUAUACUGGUCUGUCACAUCACGUUGUGAGUCACUCACUAUUCAUACAUGCUUUUUUACUAGCUCGGUAUCUUCACCCCAUCUUUUCUGCUCCAUCCCGGAGGUGAAAACUGUCUGCCUGCCAUCGGUUCUACUCGAAGCGCACAGAAAACCAAUAAAAAAAACGAUUCAGGCGAGACCUGUAUGUGGCUGUGACAUGCUGUAAGUUGUUUUGAUCUGGACUGGACCUAUAAUAUGGCUUCGCUGUAUCAGAGAUUCACCGGGAAGAUAAAUACGGCCAAUUCCUUCCCGCACCCACCUGAGGCCAGUCACCUGCUCGGUGGUCAGGUUGCAGACGAGGAAAACGCGGCGAAGACCCCUCAGCCACUCGGCGAUGGCAGACCUUACAUCCAGUAUCGUAAAAAAAGCUCGAAGGAGGAUGAGGAUGACCUGGUGGGCAGCGCUCCGCCGCAGAGGAACUGGAAAGGAAUAGCUAUCGCCCUGCUGGUCAUCCUCAUCAUCUGUUCCCUGAUCGUCACCUCUGUAAUCGUGCUGACCCCUCGUGAAGAUGACAGCCUCGCCCUUAAGAAGAAAGUGACUAUAGAGGAUGUCUUUGGUCCAGACCUUCAAAUCCACGACCCAGACGCCAGGUGGCUCAGCGACAACGAGUUGCUGUAUCGUACAAGGGAAGGAGAUGUUGUGAAGAUGAAUGUUCACACAGAGGAGAGAACGGUCGUCGUGCUGAACCAGUUGUUUGACAGAUCCAGAGCCGCCAGGUACCAAGUGUCUCCUGACAUGCAACACGUGUUGUUCGCCUUUGAGGUGAAGCCGAUCUACCAACACUCCUAUCUGGCCAAGUACAUUAUUUACAGUCUUGUGACACAGGAGACUUGGCCUUUGAAGCCCCCCGAAGUGCACGAUGCUGUCCUGCAGUUUGCUGGAUGGGGACCCCGAGGCGAGCAGCUGAUCUUCAUAUUUGAAAACAAUAUCUUCUACAGAUCAACAGUAGAUAACCGAGCGAUCCGCCUGGUUUCCACGGGUAAAGAGGGAGUCAUCUUCAACGGCCUUACUGACUGGCUGUACGAGGAGGAGAUCCUGCAGACACACAUCGCCCACUGGUGGUCUCCAGACGGGCUGCGCCUGGCCUACAUGACCAUCAACGACACGCUGGUGCCAAAGAUGGAGGUUCCCUUCUUCACAGGAUCUCCGUACCCCGCCACCUUGGAGUAUCACUACCCCAAGGCUGGAGAGGAGAACCCUGUGGUGCACCUGUCAGUGGUGAGCCUCAACGGGCCCCUGCACACCGUGGUGAUGAAGAAACCUGAUGACCCCCGCAUCGGGAGGGAGUAUUAUAUCACCAUGGUGAAAUGGGCCACCAGCACUAAACUGGCUGUCAACUGGCUGAACAGAGGCCAGAACAACUCCAUCCUGACUCUGUGUGAGGCUACCACUGGAGUCUGCAUUAAGAAACAUGAGGAUGAGAGUGAGAGCUGGUUGCACAGACAGAAUGAAGCUCCGCUCUUCUCCCACGACGGACACAAAUUCUUCUUCACCAGAGCGAUCCCUCAGGGUGGGAGAGGAAAGUUCUUCCACAUCUCUAUGUCCACCACUAUGUCGAACACGAGCACAGACAUCCUUCAGUCUCUGACCUCCGGAGACUGGGACGUCACCAGCAUCCUGGCCUACAAUCAUGAAAGGAACCUCAUAUACUUCCUAAGCACAGAAGACGACCCCAAACGACGGCACUUGUACAGCGCCGACACGAUCCCUCCGUUCAACCGCUGCUGCCUGUCCUGUGAGUCCAAUUGCGGCUAUGUGGACGUUUCAUUCAGCCACAACAUGCGGUACUUCUUACUCAACUGUAAAGGUCCAAAUAUACCCAGUGUGGCUAUCUAUAGGACUGAGGAUAAACAGAAGGUGUUUGACGUGGAGAUGAACGAGAGAGUAAACGACACGUACAACAACAUGCAGAUGCCCAUAGUGGAUAACAAGACCAUCACCAUAGACGACUACACUCUGACGAUGCAGAUCCUGAAGCCAGCUGGAUUUGUAGAAACAGCCCAUUACCCCUUACUGCUGCUCGUGGACGGGACCCCCGGCGGGCAGAUGGUGUCGGAGCAGUUCCGGGUGGACUGGGCCUCGGUCCUGGUCAGCAGCUUCAGCACCAUCGUCAUCCGCUUCGACGGCCACGGCAGCGGCUUCCAGGGAACCAACCUGCUGCACAAAGUCCGGAGGAAACUGGGAAUACUGGAGGAGAAAGACCAGAUGGAGGCACUGAGGUUCAUAUCCAAAGAGACUUAUAUUGAUAAGAGUCGAAUGGGAGUUUAUGGAAAGGCUUAUGGAGGAUAUUUGGCCACGUUGCUUCUGAGCUCUGAGGAGUUUACCGAACUUAAGUGCGGAGCAGCAGUCUCCCCCAUCACAGAUUUCGAGCUUUAUGCAUCUGCAUUCUCAGAACGAUACCUCGGCUCAAAGACAGAUUCCCAAGUAUAUACGAAAGCGAGUUUAGCACACAAAGCGGGCCUGUUCCUCCAGAAGCAGUACUUGAUCAUUCACCCAACUGCUGACGAAAAGGUUCACUUCCAGCACACAGCCAAGUUUAUCAAUCAUUUAAUCAGCAAGAAGGCCAAUUACACUCUACAGAUCUACCCAGAUGAGGGCCACUUUCUCCACAGUGACGGCACGCAGCAGCACCUGAGCCAGGCCCUGGUCAACUUCUUCGAGGUGUGCUUCCGGGUGCCGGAGACACUGACGGAGGAACCGGAGGAGGAGGAGGAGGAGGAGGACGACAGUUAAUCUCCUCUGAGCAGCCCCUGGCCAGCUUUACAGCACAACAUGUAAGAGAUUGUUCAAACCCAGCCAACCCACACCGCCUGCUGUCCAAUCAGAUUUAAGCUCUACUCUGAAGCACCUGCAUGUGCUAAAGGGGCCUCGACCUACAACCCCUCCCCCCCUCGCGAUCUCAGAUGUGAAUCGUCUCUGCUUUGGAAUAUAUGGACUAGUUCGCCCUCUAGUGGACAAAUGGAGGAUCAACAUAACGUCCAUUGAGCAAUGUGUGACAAGGCACAUUCAUCGGGCGCUGCACAAAAUAUCCCCUGUGAAGAUCAACUGAGAUUUAACUUUGAAAGACUACCAGUUUCAUUAACCUUGCCAACCAACUUACUGAUUAUUGUGUUCAUGAGUAUAAUUACUUGUUUCUCCGAAUUUCUCUGUUCAGUGUCGUGUCUUUAAAUGGAUGUCUGGCUGCAUCAGUCCGUAGUUGCUUUACCAAACGAGGGCAAUGUUUUAACUCCAAAAAAAGUGUCUAUACAGAAACGGUUACGACAUCAUAUUUUCCCUCUUCCUAUUCCUGAAUUGAACUCUUGUUCUUUUAGUCGCUGUGCCUUACUGUGGGUGAAAUGGUCAUGUUGGGAGCCCACAUGAUACUGGAGUAAAUAUGGAUAGGCCUUGUCUGAACUGCAGACUCACAACUAGAUGAUUUAAUGUUCCUCAAAUAAUAGCCAGUUAUAAGUGAGGGACGUUUAAAUCACAAAGCAUGGCACAGUUUUAUCUUAAAACAUGGAGAGUACAAAAUAAUUGUAUGUCUACUUGAAAGAUGGUAUUAUACUGACAGAAAUGUAAAGAGUAUUUAGUUUGCAAACAUAGUUCUUGAUAUUUACCUUCCAAACUGGCAUACUGGUGAGUUAACUAUAUGCUGAAUUUUCAUUAUUAUGAGAGUUACUUUGACUUGUGUGUGAAUUGGCUUCAGUCUCUCCCCUUGUCACUUCUGUUAGUAUCGUCAGUGGUUUCUAGUCAGCUGAUGUACAAAGUGUAUAAAUCUUUUAUUGUUUAAGUCUUUGUUGUAUGUGCAACUUGUAUAUAAAGCGUUUUGAAAUGUA